CAAGCAUUUCAGCACUUGUUUGCUAAGUAUACUAAUAUUGUGGAUUUUAUUUAUUGUUGACGAUAGUUUAAUUUAUAAUUAAUUAAAAUGGCUAUGGCAAUGCAGAGAAGAAUUAAUGUGCGUUUACCUCCAGAAGUGAAUAGAAUUCUAUAUAUAAGAAAUUUACCUUACAAAAUAACUGCAGAAGAAAUGUAUGAUAUAUUUGGAAAAUUUGGGGCCAUCCGACAAAUUCGAGUAGGUAACACUCCAGAUACCCGUGGAACAGCAUUUGUAGUCUAUGAAGAUAUAUUCGAUGCCAAGAAUGCCUGUGAUCACUUGUCCGGUUUUAAUGUUUGUAACCGAUAUCUUGUUGUUUUAUAUUAUCAAUCAAACAAAGCAUUUAAAAAGAUUGAUAUUGACAAGAAACAAGAGGAAAUUGAUAAAAUGAAAUCUAAAUUUGGAAUUGAUACUGAUGAGCUGAAAAAGUGAUUUAAAUUUAAGUGUAUCUUAAUUAUUUACUAAGAGCCGAGGGUAUUGCUCAUACAAAUAAUAUAUG